GCUGCUGUUUGAAACAAGGUUGAAAAGUUAAAGUGACAUAAAGAAGGUAAAGAAGUAAGGAUGGCAGUUUGGGACAAACAGAUUCCCUGGAUCUUUAUGCUGCUUCUGGCUGGUGCUGCUGCUGUAGCUGUAAACUAUCCAGAACCUGUUUGUGCUGUAAGAGGAUCGACUGUCGUCCUCCCCUGCACCUUCACACCACGGAGCUCUUUCACUCAGGAUGGGAGACAAGUUCCUCUGAAGGUCAUCAGAGUCCUCUGGUGUGUCAACCAUGAAAUUUGUGAUGACAUCACCUCGUCUGUGUAUGAUAGUGCAUCACCGACAGCAAACCCUCGUUACAAAUACCUGGGAGACAUGACUGGAAACUGCACUUUACAGAUCAGUAAUAUUCAGAUGAAUGACAGCGCAACCUUCCGCUUCAGGAUGGAGGCUGACGACAGAGCAGGACAUUAUAUUGACCAGUCAGGAGUGAACGUCACAGUUACUGAUUUUGUUAAAAUGAGAAUCCAGAGCUCCAGAGCUGCUGGAGAGCUGAGCCGGUUUCAACAAGUCACACUGAACUGCAGCACAUCAAUCUGCAACAUCCACCAGCUGGAGGUCACCUGGUUUAAAGAUGGAAACGCCCUCCCAAAGUCUGGCCCCACCCUCCAGCUCGGCCCGCUGACCGCAAAGGAUUCUGGGAAUUACACCUGUGCUCUGAAAACCGGUCAGAGAUCAACCUCCCUGCCGUUCACUGUGCGUGUGGAGGAGGAAGAUGAAGGCCUGAAUCAUGACAAACUACUGCUGAUAGUUCGUGUGGUCCUGUUCACGCUGCUCACUUUGCUCAUCGUCAUAGUGACAGCUGUCAUCAUCAAAAGAUACUCUAAUCUCACUUCCAUGUCCAUGGUGAAGGCUCGUGGAGAGAUGGUGCAACUGGCCAUAAUGCCCUGCUCUAGACGAUGCCACGCUGUGGUGAAGUCUGCUGUUAUAAAGCAUAGCUGCACAUCCUGGAAGUAG